UUUACGAAGUAGCAAUCUAGUAUUGAAAAGAAAAGAAAAAGGCUUUUCCUGACAUGGAGAUGUCUAGUGGGGGAAAGUGUAACCUGCUAAAUUUCCAUGCCAGCUCUACUUUUUUUAAUAGGACAAGGGGGAUGGAGCAGGUGAGGCGAGUUUAUGAAAGGUGAGUUCUCAAGAACAAAACGGAGGAAAGUGAUUGGCUGUUGGGAACAGAAGCAGGCUAGGAUUGAUUCCGUUCCAUCUAUAAAUACUUUGGACAGGAGUCACACGAGUCAGUCUCAUCAGAGGCUCCAUGCAGUGAGUAACAGAGUCCCAAAGAAGAGCAGCAACCCCACAAGAAGUGACAAUGAUUGAGGUUAUGACGCCUGUAGGAACACAGGCCCCAGUUCCUAGGAGAAAGAGGCCAGGCCGAGGCAAGAGAGGAGAAACUCGUUUCCCCGAAAAGUCGUCAAUAAUUACGAGGUCAAUGCAAAGGAGGAGAAGCCUGAAUCCUGGUAAGACCAUCAAGUCCCUCCCUAAUAUCUCAGGGCUCGUUGUCCAAGCGAUUGCCGCAAGUGCGUCGAACGGCCUCACCCUCACAGAGCUGAAGGAAGUCCUCAGCGCCAAGGGCUACAAUGUGAGGAGGCAAAGCCCCAGAACUCAGAGGAAAAUGCACGCCCUGGUGUUGAAAGGCGCUGUGGUGCGCAUGACUCACAGCGAUGGCUCAAAGUUUUUCGUCAUCAGGAAGCACCAGAGCAAGGCCAGCAAAAUAUUUGAAAACCCCAAAAGGACUGCAGGGGCAAGGAAAGUCCGAGUUGGGCGAAGGUAUGGCACAUGCACUGGCACAAAAACGAAAGGAGAAGUGGAGGGAGCCAAGAGCUCUGCGGAUAAGACGGGAGAGGCUCGCCAGAAACUCCGAAUCCCCAACAGGAGGAGACGAUGCCCCAGGAAAAAUGGCACUGGCCGGAGGUCGCAGAGGCUUGCCCAAAAAGCUGCUUCUAGCACGUCUGACAACUCGGAUAACAAAGCCGAAGAUCAGCACUGUUCCAGCAGGAGUGCUGCAUCUGCUUUGAAGACCACCAGGAACCUCAGGAACAGGCCUGCCUCUGCGGAGAAAUCAAAAAGGGCUAGCAGCAAAAGCACUUCGGAAAGGUCAAGGUCUUCUAAGAGCAACAGCACAACCUCUCCGAAAGGUGUGGGGAAGCCCUACAGCAAGGAAACACCCAGUGCAAAGAAAACAAGAUUCUGUAGGAGCAGAGAUGUUUCCUCUGCCAAAGAACAAAACUCCAUGGGGAAAGCUGCGUUUCCCCCCCGAAGGCCCAAGCGCAGAGCUAGACGAAGGAGAUAGCGGUACCAAAGUCCAAGGCAGGAAAGGCCUUAGAAAGGUUGCGUUUUGCUAAUAUAGAUGUGUGUCUUUUUUCAGAACUAUGUAAAAUUCAAUAAAGAUAACUAAUAAGCCCAAACAAGCAGCCUGCAAGAGUGGUUUCACUGUCUUAUGAGCCAGAGUAUUU